AUGGCCACCCCAGAGUUCCCCAAAACAAUGAAAGCAAUCCGCGUAACAUCCUUCAACAAACCCUACGAGAUACAAUCCAUCCCCGUCCCCUCUCCAACCUCUCUAGCCCCUCACGACCUCCUCGUCAAAGUCGCAGUCGCAUCCUACUGCCACACAGACAGCAUGGUCUCCUCCGGCAUCUUCGCCACAUCCCUCCCCUGCACCGCAUCCCACGAAGGCUCCGGCACCGUCGUCGCCGUAGGCUCUGCGUCCGCAUCCUCAGACUUCAACUUCAAAGUAGGUGAUAGAGUCAUGUGCGGGCUCCCGCUCCACCCGUGCGGCUCCUGCUUCGACUGUACGUCUGCACCGGAGACCUUUCGGCAGUAUUGCAGCCGUAUCGAGGGCCACGUCGGGGUCCAUGUGGACGGGUGCUUUGCGGAGUACGUCAAGGUUGACGCGCGGUCUACCGUGGCGAUCCCAGAUGCCGUUUCUUUUCUGAGUGCCGCGCCGCUGGCAUGUGCGGGGAGGACGGUUUGGAGGGGCGUCGUGCAAGCUGAGCUGAAGAAGGGCCAGUGGCUUGCGAUCCUUGGGUCGGGGGGCGGUCUGGGUCAUUUGGGAAUUCAGAUUGCCAAGGCUCUGGGCUUGCGCGUCACCGGCAUUGAUGCGAGGGAUGAAGGGUUGGAGUUGACAAGGACGAGCGGUGCGGAUGUGGUUCUUGACGCGAGAAGGGGGAAGGAGGAUGUCGUGAAAGAGGCGAGGGAUGCUGCGAAUGGCGGGGAGGGUGUGGAUGCUACGCUCAACUUGUCUGACGCGGAUUCUGCUGCGGCUCUGGCGUGUGCGGUGACAAAGAUGCAUGGGACGGUGGUGCAGAUUGCGCAGCCUGAUGAGGUGAAGAUCCCAUUCCAGGAGUUGGUGUUUCGGGAUGUGAGGACUAAUGUCUUUCAUGGGUUGGACAAGAUUCAUGAACUUGUUGAGCUUGUGCAUACGGGUAAGAUGAGCGGUAAGGCUGUUAUUGUGGUGGAUGAGCAGCAGAUGGAGAACGAGAAGAAGCUUGGUGCGAAAUUCUAA